GAGAAUCUAAUUCUUGAAGCGACGCUAAGGCAAGCCGAUUUUCUGUUUACUGCGGGAUAACUUGUUGAAUGUUGAGAGGGCGGGGUUGUCGGUGUUUCCACUUUUUUGGCUGUCGCUCUCGUCCGGUGCCUUCUCGUGUUUCUCGCGACUGCUUCUCCGCUGUUUUCUCCGGACGCGAGAGUUUACGGACGUUCGUUGUUUUGUCUCGGCGCGGGUGAUGUUUAGGAUGCUCGUUUUUCCGUUGGUGGACUAUCGAUAGCGCGACACGAGAGAUUCUUCCUCGAAAUGUCCGGGUCAAAGUCGGGGCCGGCGGGGCUGCCUGUCGUUGCAGUCAAGCACCCGGGAGUUCUUUCUGUCGCGAACUUGGAUCUUUCUACGCCUGAAAGUGUCAGCAGGUCCGUCUCUCCUGAUGAGGUGGUGACCAUGGAUUCUGUUGCCAUCGAUGACGCGUCGAAGGCGCCGGGAAAUUACCCAGAAAUGUCCGUGCCUGGUUCAGCCGGCUCGGCAAAAACCAAGUUCAACUCUACUCUGGCGUACUUAACCUUCCUCUUUGUCGGCGCCAACUCGUUGGUGAACUGGGCAUUCGUGAUGCAAAUUAUCCCGUUCAUCGCGCACUCGUUUCUAGACAACCAGGACUGGAACAACACGCUUCUCGGUUCGUUUCAGGCCAUCGAAGUCGUCGUCCAGCUGGCAAUGCUUGAACUGGGAAGCACACACGUCAACGCGGUGUGUCUCGCGGGAGUCAUCAACGCAAUCGCGGGGCUGCUGAUAGCUCCUCUCACUCUCUACACCAACGAGACCGUUUCUGUCUGGAUGCUGCACCUCAUCUGCCUAGUUCUCGGCGCGUGCUCCGGCAUCUAUCAGGGUUCUGGCUACGCCAUUGCCUCCAUGAUGCCGCGGAACUUUGUCAGCGCUGUGUCAACAGGCCAGGGGUUGGCAGGCCUGUUUGUCUUCGCCGUUGUGGUUGGCGUUUCCUUUGCGGUUUUCGACGUCGAUACGCCGGCAGGGACAGAAGGCAUGGUGUGGACAGGUUUCUCGAUUUCCGCGGUGCUCUCGGUGGUUUGCGCUGUCGUUUUUUUCCUCGUCAUGCGACAGUCGUGGGCGGUGGCGUGUCUCACGCGCGUGCGGGAAGAGCGCGCCCUCAAGCGCGCUGCUGCGGGGGUGGCGAAGACGAAAAAGGAAGAGCCGCGGAAAGAUUUUGCGGACGGUCGGUCUGUUGGGAACGAGGAGCCGUUUCGAGGUCCGUCUUCGCAGAUGACUGUGGUGACGAUGCUGACGCCCGAGGAGCUGUCGAAGGAGGUUGAGAUCGACGACGGCCGACGAGCGAUGACUCAGAACGAAACGCAGAAGAGUCAAGUUGGGGUGCGUCCGUGGCCCGCGGUUUUGAAGGACGCGUCGCCCUGGCUCUUCAUGUUGAUUUUUCACAUGUUCACCAGCUUCCACUUGUUUCCCAAGGUCGGGCCGCUCUCGUGGAACUACGUGGAUCCGCCGAAGAACCACCUCGUCAUCUUGUUCGGGAUCUUCUACGUGACUGAGUUCGUUGGCAGGUCUCUUCCGGACCUCUGCACCAUCCGCGGCCUCGGCUUUUUGCACCUGUCUCGCCGUAUGUUCGUCGUGGCCGAGUUCGCGCGCCUGCUCUUCUUCCUCCCCUUCGUCCUUGGGUACGCGGUCAGCAACACGCCUUUCCUCAACAACUUCUACUGGUACUGCAUCCUCAUAGCGAGUCUCUCUCUCACGCAAGGCUGGCUAGGUACACUUGCGUUCUACUACGCCGUUAACAGCGUCGAGUCCCCGGCCGAGAGAGAACUGACCGGUCCCAUGGCAGCCAUCGCCUCGCCCUUUGGCUGCGUCAUAGGUCUCUACACCGCUGCACCGUACUAG